UAUGUGUUGUGUGCUACGAACGCUAGUGAACGUGUGAGCAAGCGAAGCGAUUGAGCGAACGAGUGAAAUUUCACACAUCAAACAUUUGUUCCGUUUGUAUUUGCAAAACAAAAAUCGAACGGGAACACAAAAAAAACGACGGCAAACAACAAGCAAAAACACCCAUCGUGCAUCCCAUUCAACUGAAACUUUCCGAUAUAAGCAUCAUCAAGUAAAAAUCAACAUGAAAAUCAGAGCAAAGUUUCGACGCACGUAUGUAAAUGUAUUUGACUGUGAGUUGCCUUCAUACAAUAUCCGAAACGAAGAGUUACAUAGAAGAAGUGCGAGUGAUGGAGGAGAGAGUGUUGUCUGGCGAACACACAGAUGAAAGACGAAGAAGCAAAAGAAUAAAAAAUAAAAAAAUAAAAUCGAAAGCAUCGCACAAAAUAUAUCAACAGACGUAAUCACGAUUCAACCGAUCCGAAUAUCCGAAAAUCACACACAAACUUUUAUUUCGUGUAGCGAUUUUUAGUUGCCAUUUAGUGCGGUUCGCCGUCAGGUCAACGGGUUUUGAGUUAAGUCGCUUGAAAAUAUCGCGCUCGUUAAACCGCUGUUUUUUUCUUUGCUCUCUCAUCGAUACAUAUCUAUACGUAUCGUGUGUCUGUGAGUUGAACGUGAACCAUUAAAUUAUUCGAAAUUAAUUGAGUGGGCCCAUUGGGUCGUGUGUGCGCGAGCAGCAAAGGCUAUUCGACGAUCUCAACAUCGACCUUAAAUGGCAUACAAUGAAGUUAGUGCAUACAAGAAAAUUCGAUUGAAAUUCUCAAGUGACAUGUUUACAUUUCUCGUUUACAAUUCAAAGCGUUUCCUCUCCUCAUCAUCAUCGAUACAUAAAAUUGCAUUUUAACGACGACUACGAUGAAAUCGAUUUCGGGCUCAUUUUCGUUCAUCGUUCUUCUGGUUGUGUUCGUAGUUUUAAGUAAUAGUGUAGCGUUAUCACCUCGAAAAAAUGGUACAACCACCAAAGCAACGGUGACUGUGAAUAAGUGCUGUGGCACAGGUGAAUGGCUAACGAGUGAAAAUGGCCAGUGCAUAAUCGACGGUGAUAAUGAUAAAUGGUGGCCACUGAUAUUUAUGAUCAAACUACAAUCGUAUUUCGAACCAAAAGGUGGUGCUCCGAAAUUUAUGAAAUAUCGUGAAUCGCGUCCGUCGUGUGAAAAACCCGAAUUUUACAUCGGACAAGAUAAGCUGGCACUAUUUACCAAUGGUUCACUGUACCUAUCGGCAAAGCAUAAAUCAAUUGAGCCUCAAAAUUACUGUGUUGAUAAGAAUUCGGCCAUUGUCUGUGAUCCCGAUGUUAAUUCACCUGAUGCCUUAAUCCAGCCAACAAAACUGUUGAAAAUUCGUAAGUGCUGUGUCAAGAGCGCGGUUUAUAAAUCACACGACAGCACAUGUAUUCCAUCAAACGAUUACACAUUGGCCGAUGUCGGACAGAUUGUGUUCAAUUCAACGCGAACGGAUAUUUUGUUCGGUUUCCCCGAAUGUAAAAUUAGCAAAUAUUUCACGAUAGCGGAAACAUUCAAAGAAUCCAAUUUGGAUUGGGAUACCAAUCGACUGGUAUUGCAAUCCGGACGAAAGUUAAAUUGGCAAGAUUUUUGUCUCGAACACGUCAUCGAUAAUGGAACUGAUAACAUACUACCCCUAAGUGUAUUCACAUGUGCCGACCAUCUUUAUGCGUCUCCAAAUACCAACCCAACGCCAGAAAGGGACAUACGUUUCAUCUUAUUUCCGAUCGGAUUGUUAAUUUCCGUCGUGUUUUUGCUGGCGACACUUGCCACACGCUAUGUAUUACCAUCCAAUCAUCACAUACUUCAUUGGCGUUGUCAAACAUUUUAUGUUACAUGCUUGUUGAUCGGAGAUCUUCUGUUGGCAUUCACCCAGCUAUUUGGUCGCAAUGCAAAUGGUUUUACAUGCGUUUCAAUCGCCGUUUCGAUGCACUUCUUUUUCCUGUCUGCUUUCUUCUGGCUUAAUACCAUGUGUUUGAAUAUUUGGUACACAUUCAAAGAUUUUCGGCCAAAGUCACUGGAACGAAGUCAUGAAAAAGUGCGAUUACGCAUUUAUAAAGUAUACGCGUUUGGUAUUCCGUUGUUAAUAUCAAGCGGUGCGGCUACUUUGGAUCACAUGCGGAAAAAUUCACUCGCCCAAGAUGCGUAUCUACAGCCGAGAUUCUGUGAAUCGGAGUAUUGGUUUUCCGGUAAUAUGGAGAAGUUGGCAUUUUUCUAUGGGCCGGUCGGAGUUUUACUGUUUAUCAACCUACUGCUAUUUGCAUCAACCGCUCGACAAUUAACUUGCGGUCUUUGGAAACGGGAAGAAGUUAAAUCAACUACAGAACGCACGACGCUCGGCAAAAUUUGUAUAAAGCUUUCGAUUGUAUGCGGAUUGACGUGGAUAGCUGAUGUAAUAUCAUGGGUGCAUGGUGUAUGGUUUGGCGGAGGGUACUACAUUUGGAUUGUUACGGAUUUGAUAAACACGUUGCAAGGUGUUUUCAUUUUCAUCGUUAUCGGAUGCCAACCGCAGGUUUCAAGUGUAUUGAAGCAAAUCUGGCGAUCGAAAACCAUCCAAUGCCGGCAUAGGAAUAGGAAUGCCGAAGGCGGUCAACAAAAUUCCAGUUCGUCACAAAUUGCCUCAUCGCUGGGCGAAUCAAUCACCAACAAUACAUUCACCACAUCAACUGCGAAAAUUUCCGCCGAAACUGCAUGCUAAUUCUUAAUUCAUCGUCUGCUGUUAGCCAUUGGAAUCUAGCAUAUAAUUUUGUUUUUGGAAAUAAAUUAAACAACUCAUUCGAUUCCACUUGUCGUCCAUAGUAGAAAUUUAUUUCAUGUUUUGAUUUAUUAAUACGUAUCAUAUGCUGCUGAGAUUACUACUUUUAAUUCAUGCUCAAAUUUAUUAUCAGUUUGAACGUCACGAAAUAUAUUCACUAGUUUUUGUUGUGCCAAAACCGAUUGUGCUUGUAUCAAGAUGUGUUUUUUUUAUCAGUAUUAAAAGUAAUUGAAAAACAAAA